UUCGAACGGACGUGUCUGUGCAAACAACGAAACGCUUAGUGUAACGACGACCUUUAACCGUUAAAGGUUGCUGAAAUACAUGCAUACAUAGAAAGUGUGCCUUAAAAAUACAAAAUCUAGUCCCACAACAAAAAGGAGUUAAUAACAUUAAAAAAGUUAUUACCAGUGCAACGAAAAGGCUACUAAAAGGCGCUAAACUAAGGAAACUUGAUUCAUUACCUCAUACCCGCUUCCUUUGUGGCAUUUGAGACAUUAAAUGAAUUUCAAAAUGCGUACCUGUGGCAUGAGUCUAAUCAAGUAUAUACUAUUCGCAUUUAAUAUCGUAUUUGCGAUAUCCGGUCUCGGUAUUUUGAUAGCAGGCGCCGUUGUACUUGCGGAUGUCAACCAAUUCAGUCACUUUAUUGAGGGCAGAGUGACGGCACCACCCAUCGUACUUAUUGUAACUGGCUUAAUUAUAUUUUUGAUUGCAUCUUUGGGUUGCUUUGGUGCGAUCAAAGAAUCACCUACGCUGCUAUUGACUUACGCCGUGCUGUUAGCCAUCAUCUUUAUCAUCGAACUGGCUGUGGGCAUUGCAGCUGCUGUCUUCAAAUCAGAUCUGGAAAUGAUGUUAAAGAACUCCCUACAAGAGUCUAUAAAACGCUCGAAUCACGAGGAUAUGAUGGCAUGGGAUAAUGUACAGCGCAAAUUGAUGUGCUGUGGUGUCGACAAUCCAGCCGACUGGCGCACACUUAGCGCGAACAAGACGUUGCCGGCAAGUUGCUGUCGCGAAAAGUACAUUGAGGAGUCUGUUGGACACUGUACAGAAUCACCGGCACUGGGACGUGAUAAGUACUUUCAGGAGGGCUGCGUGGGCAAACUGAGGGAGCGCAUCGACAAGAAUGCCGUAAUUUUGAUUGGUGUAGGCAUAGGCAUCGCGUUCAUACAAAUAUUGGGCAUUAUAUUGGCAUGUUACCUGGCUUCCACAAUACGUCACGAACGCAUGAAAUAAAGACAUACCUACAUACAUAUGAAUGUAUGUACAUAUGAGGCAGAUGAGUUAUUCUCUCUAGUUAAGAAGAUAGAAUCAUUUACUCAAACAUCAAAGCAUUGAACUGACUUCAAAGAAAGCAACACUUCAUAAGCAAUAUUCAACUAUUCCGAGAUCCAGACAUCAUUACGUUCUUCUUUUGGCCAUUUGGAAUGAUGCAUAGCUAGCUAAGAAAUUUUAGUACUCACAGAAGCUUGAUGCAGGAAUAUCAAACAGGAACAGCCACUCCAGAACACUCAAAUCAUCAAAAUGUAUAACCCUCAUUUCCACAUUAAUAAAAUCACAAAUCACCGUCCACUACUAUUCUAAACGUUACUUAAUAUACAACA